AUGCAUCCGAGUCGUCGCCACGAAGGCGAGCCUCGGCGCCCUGUUGACUUCCGCGAGUACCACUCGCGCCUGACAGGCCUUGGAUGUGACGCCGAUGGCAAUGUCCUUCCAGCAGAUGCACCUCCGCCGCCGUGGCUUGAUCCCGAGCCUACAAACUGGAAUCCGUACGACAGCCGAAACGAGUUUGAGGUCGCUAACUUCCUCUACAAGAAGUGUCAGAUGCCGCAGGCGAAGAUUAACCAGUUAAUGAACCUUUGGGCAGCAUCCCUUCUCAAGCAUGACGACAAUCCACCCUUCGCCGAUAACACUGAUCUCGAGAACGUCAUUGAUGCGACAACUGUCGGUGACAUUCCAUGGCAGUCUUUCUCGGUCAGGUACUCAGGACGCAAACCUGACGGGAAUGUUCCAUCGUGGAUGACUGCCGAACAUGACGUCUGGUACAAGUCGCCGCGUCUCGUCGCUCACCACAUCAUCGGGAAUGCGGACAUCGCAGAGGAAUUUGAUAAGGUCCCCUACCGCGAGUUUGUCCAUGUUGAUGGUGAGGAACAGCCACGACGCCGGUAUGGCAACUUCAUGUCAGCGAAUUGGCCAUGGGAACAAGCAGAUAUCAUCGCAGAAGACGAGAAAAUGCAUGGGGCGAUGUUCGGGCCCCUCGUUGUCGGUAGCGACAAGACCACCGUUUCUGUAGCUACAGGUCAAAACGAGUAUUACCCUCUCUACAUGUCCCUCGGAAAUGUCCAUAAUAAUGUGCGUCGCGCGCACCGCGAUGCACUGGUCCUUAUUGGCUUCUUAUCUAUACCGAAGUCGAACAGGGUACACAAGAAAACCAAGCAAUUCCUCAAGUUUCGGCAGCAGCUAUUCCAUUCCAGCCUCUCGGCGAUCUUCGACUGCUUGCGGCCAUAUAUGGCAGAGCAGUAUGACGUCGUCCGUUGUGGGGAUGGCUAUUACCGACGUGUUGUGUAUGGCCUGGGUCCAUACAUUGCCGACUACCCUGAACAGGUCCUCGCGGCGUGUAUAGUCCAAGGCUGGUGCUCGUUUUGUGAUGCCCAUCGUUCAAACCUUGGUCCAGGUGCCGAUCGUCGAACUCAAGCUGUCACCGAAGCCCUUAUCGACGCGUUAGAUCCACGGGUCCUAUGGGAUGAAUACGGCAUCGUGCAUGACAUCAUUCCAUUCACGAACGACUUCCCACGUGCAGAUAUCCACGAACUCUUAUCGGGCGAUCUCCUACACCAAGUUAUCAAGGGCGCCUUCAAGGAUCAUCUCGUGACAUGGGUUGGCGAGUAUCUGACUCUACAACAUGGCGAGGCGCGUGCGAAGGAGCUACUUGAUGAAAUAGAUCGGCGAAUUGCUUCGACACCUUACUUCCCGGGACUGCGACGAUUCUACGAGGGACGUGAAUUCAAGCAAUGGACUGGGGAUGACUCAAAGGCUUUAAUGAAGGUCUACCUGCCUGCUAUCAACGGGAUAGUACCCGAUGACAUGGUCCGCGCCCUUGCCGCCUUCAUGGAAGUCUGUUAUCUCCUGCGUCGCUCAAUUUUGGACGACACUGAUCUCAUUGCAAUCGAGACUGCCCUUGAGAGGUUCCGACACCAUCGCCAGAUCUUCCAGGACUCUGGUGUCCGGCCUACUGGCUUCUCUCUGCCUAGGAUGCAUGCCCUGGAUCACUACAUACGACACAUCCAACAGUUCGGGGCUCCGAAUGGUCUGUGCUCCUCUAUGACCGAGGCUAAGCACAUCAAAGCCGUCAAAGAACCAUGGCGCCGGUCGAAUCGUCACAGACCACUCGGGCAGAUGCUCCUGACGAAUCAGCGCCUAGACAAACUCGCCGCGUCGCGCCGAGACUUCGAGCGUCGUGGAAUGCUUGAAGGCGACUCGCUAUCGGCCGCGCUUGCGGAACUCGCGGCGGAUGAUCCACCAGCAAUGGGUGAACCUAUUGCGGCCGAGGCCCAGGGUGAACUUGAUGAUGAAGAGCCGGUACUCGCGCAGGAUGAAGAGAGAGAUGACGAAGAAGACGACGUAGUUGAUGGACCGACAGUUCAUGGCUUUGUAGAACUGGCCCGUUGUCCAGUUCGUGGUUUGCCUAAUACUCUCCAAGCCCUCAGCGAGCACAUUGGCCAACCUGCACUGCCGUCCCUAUUGCGCCGCUUCCUGUUUGAUCAGCAAAACCCCCAGUCCGACGUACCAGGAGACGAGGUCUCCCUUCGGGAGUGCCCAGUAAUCAACAGCCGAUCAAGAGUACGCGUCUUCCCAUCAGCCGUCGCGACAUUCUACGCACCUAGCGAUGUUUCCGGAGUCGGUGGUAUGCGGCGCGAGCGCAUCCGCGCUGUAUCGAGUUGGUACAAUGGCCCAGGCCGAUACGAUUGCGUCUUCGUCGGCACAGACCCUUCACAGCAAGGAAUGCGGAGCAUGCAUGCAGCGCGUGUUCGACUCCUCUUCUCCUUCCGACAGGAUGACACGACGUACCCGUGCGCCCUUGUCGAGUGGUUUGAAGCCGUCGAAGAUGAGCCGGAUGGUUGUACAGGUAUGUGGGUGGUUGAACCUGACCUCUACGCAGACAACUCUCGCCACACAUCUGUCAUACACCUAGACUCAGUUCUCCGACUCGCACAUCUCAUUCCUGUCUAUGGUGAAGACUUCCUACCAAUUAAUUUCGACGCCGUACACUCGCUGGACGCUUUCCGAUCAUACUUCGUCAACAAAUUCGCGGAUCAUAAUGCUCACGAGAUAGCUUUCUGAUUCCUGUCAUUUGUACUAGUACUACAUUCGACAUUGGCUCCGCGACCACUUCCCAGCCCGCUUAUGUUGCUUAAUCAUCUUGCUUCGG